GAAGAAGAAGCUGCAGUAGCUUGAUCAUGGCCGUGAAUAUUCGUAAUGCUGUAAUGGCAUUUUUGAUCCCUCUUCCAUCCAUUCUCUUCUAUCUCUAUUUCCUCGGCCAAUUCCGUGAUCAUCCUCUUAUUACUGCAGCAGGCGAUGGCAAUUCUCUGUCGCCUUUGUGGAUUUGGUGCUACCAACACCCUCUGCUAUUGGCCAACGCCCUCUUUUUCCUCAAUGUUAGUCUUGGUUUCUGGAUGAUUGGGCUUCUUCAGUCGAGCCAUUGGAUGAUAGAUCCGUAUUGGACGGUGAUACCAUUGUUGCUGGUGCAUUACUAUGGAACUCAUCCGUUGGCAGAAUACAAUCUUUUAAGGUCGAGUCUGGUGAGAUUUUUGACUUGUAUUUGGAGCAUUAGGCUUUCUCAUAACUACUUCCGCCGGGAAGAGUGGCAGUGGGGUGCCCGGGAAGACUGGAGAUUUACCGAUAUGCGGCGGCAAUAUGGCAAAAACUGGUGGUGGGUUUCUUUCUUUGCUAUUUACCUCUCUGAGCAGGUAUAACCCUAUUCUUUUUAUUUGAACGUUCUA